UUCGAUCCAUGCUGUUCCUAAGAGUAACUUAGUGUUAUUAGCUAUGGAUAAUGAUUGUCAGUGCGAUCCCUUAGAACAACUGGACCUUAUGCCAACAUAUUACAACAGCUCGGACCAGUGUCAAAGGUUACGAGUACAGCGUCAUCGAAGGCGGCCGCCCCAAUGUCACAAUGAAGCUAGCAAUGAAGACUCAAGUGAUUGUGGUCGGGGAAGUUUCUUACAGCCAUCUAUAUUGCUUUUGUUGGCUUGCUACUGUCUACAUCAGGUCAGCUUUAGGUCACGACUGUUAUGACAUUGAUUGUUCAACAGAUUUAGAGGCACAAAUAUCAUGCAACAUUGAGGAAUUAUAAACACAGGAACCAAAUAUAUUACAUACAAAAUGUUUUAAAAAUUUGUAUGCAAAUACCAUCCUUGCUGAAGAUGGUAUACUUAAAAAAGUAUAAAAAAAGCCAUAAAAUUUUAAAAUGAAUACAACCUACAGACAUUCCAACUUCAAGUCCAAAAUUAUCCAAUUUAUGAAGAAUUUUAACAAUUCAUUUUUGUAUUUUCAAUUAUUUUUUUAUUUAUUUGAAUUGUAUGAAUUUAUUUGUAAUUUUAUUCUAUAAAAUUAUUAUAUAAUAAUAA